AUGAGACUGGGCAAAAAUACUGGAGCCAGGGAUGGACCUGCCGGAUUCAUUGAUAAUAUCAUAAUCAAGCGCCCGGUUCGCUUCCAAGUUCGUCACACAAUUGCUCGUCGCUUCUCCCCAAAGUUCUGCUACGUCUUUCAAGUACCUGAAGAUAUUUUUAACCCCUCGCUGUGUUAUUCAAAUAUUUUUGCUCACAGCGCACGCCACACGGCCUCGUCGAGACCGAGCAGAAGCGUGCAAGAGAUCGGAUUUUUAAACACCCCAACUACCCCGCGUGUUCUCUUGACACAUCAAGGGACCGGUGAUUUUCAUCUACCGCGACCAUUUGUCGUUAACCUGAAAUUCUAUCAAAUUUUGAAGAACGUCUACUGCACAUAUCUUACGCGAAUUUCAAACAGGAUUUUAGGGAGGUUGAUCUGA